CAGGCAGGCUUCGCUGUGUUUUGACGUGAGAUGGAAAGUGUCGGGGCCGGGAGCGGAUAUGGAUAUCAGCGGCCUGCACCGGGAGCGCUCCGAGGGCAGCAGGGAUGAACACUGGAGACUUCUGGAUAAUCUGAAAACAACGGUGGAAGGGCUGGUGUCUGGAAACAGCCGCAAUGUAUGGUCAAAAUAUGGUGGACUGCAGAGACUUUGUAGAGAUAUGAGCAGUAUUCUCCAGCACGGCCUCAUCUGCGAUCAGGUCUAUAAGGAGCAUGACUACUGGAACUUUGUGAAGAGCAGUCAGCGACUGCAUCCUGGAUCAUCACCUCAGGUGGAGCAGUUCCUGUGCUUCUAUGAGACCAGUCAGAGGAACGGUGAUGGUUCUAGUGAGGACAAUGGAAAAUUGUGGUUACAGCACAGUCUCCAGUUCCACAGCCUCUCUGCACAGCUGAAGGCCUUGCUUGGGAACAGACAGUACACCAAGAAGUUCUAUUCAGAUACUGCCUUCCUGUUGAGUGACCGAUAUGUAACAGCCAUGUUCCAGUGUCUGGAGGCAGUGGAGCAGAACAACCCCAGGUUAUUGGCCCAGAUAGACACAUCUGUGCUUGCUGGCAAGAGAGAGUUCACAGUUUCCGAGAAGAGUUUAAGCCUCAGCGCUCUACCUGUUACACCGUUCAUUCCAUACACGGGGAGUCCAAACCAUUCCAUGUAUAACUCGUACAGCAGCCUGCAAGUUCCAGCCACUCUUCCCAGCAAUGAUUUGUGCUCCAGCUUGGUUGAUCAGCAAAAUAAUGUUUAUAAAGUGAGUUUAUCUUUGCCUGUGAAUGAGUCCAGUCCUGCCAUCCACGACUUGUCACCUCGUGAACCAUUUUCUCCUGUUAGUGAAAUGAGUAUUAGCACUUUAACCAGCCUCAGUGGAGAGACUGGUAGCCCUGAGGACCCACCGAGUGAGGCAGAUGAUGGUCCAGAGUACUUGGCUAUCGGAAACAUGAGCCGUAGAACUUCUACCCAGAGCAGCAGCUCAAAUCUCUUCACUGGUUCUCAACCUCCAGAUACACCUGUUCAGACUACACCAGUUAUCCCCAGCAUAUGUCUGCUCUCUGUGCCACGCCGCUCCAGCUUCUCAGAGGGGCAAAUCGGUAACUUGUCAAAUCACGUAAAAAAGAGUCACAUGCGCUCUCAUUCUGACACCAAUGUGACUAUUGGGAAACAUCAUGGAGGUGACCGGGAUAUCACUAUUAUAAUGGAGGACCCUGUGGCAGAAUCCCAUGCUGAACUGUUCAGAAGAGGCAAUGCACCCUGUAAUGGAAAAACAAAUGGCUCUGGCUCCCUUUACAUAGAUUAUGACAGCACACAAUACUUGAAUGGUGCGGAAGGGAUAUUUCGAAGGCCGUCAGAGGGACAGUCGUUGAUCAGUUAUCUUUCUGAGCAGGAUUUCGGCAGCUGUGCCGACUUGGAGAAGGAAAAUGCUCAUUUCAGCAUUUCAGAGUCUCUCAUUGGGGCUAUUGAGCUCAUGAAGUGUAACAUGAUGAGGCGUCAGCUUCAAGAAGAGGAAGAAGACAGUGAUCGUGAGAUCCGAGAGUUGAAGCAGAAAAUUUGUCUACGGCGACAGCAGAUUCGUACUCAGAAAAGGGCGAGCAAUGACGAACACUGCAGCAGUGUCGGUGUGACAGAUAGCAGUUCACAGAUAAGUUCCCAUGACUCGGCUCAUCUGUCUGAUUCUGGUUCUAUAGGUGAAGUGGAUCAAUAUGAAAUCAAAGAUGGGAAUGAUGGUCGUAACCUGAUUGUAGUGUAUAGAUGUGGACUCUCUGUCUCAAUGGCUUCGCUUCUCUCAGAUGCAGACAUUAGGAAGACCACAAGUUUCCAGCCUAUGCAAAGUUCUGAAUCCAUAUCACACUCCUUCCUUCACUCCAACUCUGCCGAAGCUGUGGCCAUGGGUCUCCUGAAACAGUUUGAGGGGAUGCAAUUACCGGCUGCAUCAGAGCUUGAAUGGCUGGUUCCGGAACACGAUGCUCCGCAGAAGCUCCUGCCAAUCCCAGAUUCCAUGCCAAUCUCCCCAGAUGAUGGAGAACAUGCGGACAUUUACAAGUUGCGGAUUCGAGUUCGAGGAAACUUGGAAUGGGCCCCACCAAGACCACAGAUCAUCUUCAACAUACACACAGCUCCAACGAAGAAAGUAGCAGUCACAAAGCAGAAUUACAGAUGUGCCGGAUGUGGUAUUAGGAUUGAACCUGAUUACAUCAAAAGGCUUCGCUACUGUGAGUACUUGGGGAAGUAUUUUUGCCAGUGCUGUCAUGAGAAAGCGCAGUCUGUCAUCCCAGGGCACAUUCUGAGGAAAUGGGACUUCAGCAAAUAUUGCGUCAGUAAUUUUUCUAAGGAUCUUCUGACCAAGAUUUGGAGUGAUCCUCUAUUUAACCUCCAUGAUAUCAACAGUGCUAUGUAUCGCAAAGUGAAAGCCUUGGAGCAAGUCCGGUUAUUAAGAAUACAGCUGGUGUAUCUGAAGAACAUGUUCAAAACCUGCAGAUUGGCCAAAAACAUACUUGAAUUAUACGACAGUGUACCUGGACACCUUACUGAAGACCUCCAUCUCUUUUCUUUGAAUGACCUCACUGCCAUUAAAAAGGGGGAUUUGGGUCCACAAUUGAAAGAGUUAGUGAGGCUUGGAACCUUGCAUGUGGAUAAAUGCAUGUUGUGUCAAGCCAAAGGCUUCAUUUGUGAAUUUUGUCAGAGCGAUGAGGUCAUCUUUCCGUUUGAGUUGUCUAAAUGCCGGAGAUGUGAAGAAUGUAAAGCCUGCUAUCACAAAGGCUGCUUCUGCUCUGAUCACUGCCCAAAGUGUGAACGCUUACGGGCAAGGAGAGAUCAAAUGGCCAGACAAAGCCUUGAAUCAUACAACUCUGAAGCUGAAGAGGAGGAGACGAUACAGGAGAGAAAGACUGACUUUGUUGAAUAGAGAGGAAGGGACUGAAGUAGAAGACCCAAAUGCACCUUUAUUCCCAGAACCAGUAUUGGAUGCCACAUUCCACAGCUGCUUGGGGUUCUGCAGCAGAACUCGUACAGAUACCAUGCCAGUUCAACCAAAAUACUUCUGCUGGUUACAGUUCAUCUCCUACAUUUAUUCCAAAAUCGAGUCCUCUCCUUGCCGGU